GCUGGCUGCUCGUGCUAAAUUCAUGAUUUCUUCACACACAAUGCGUGAUCAAAAAGUAAAAAAUUAACUAUUUAUCGGUUCGAAGUAACGCAUUGUCAAUCUUCCUUUAGCAGUACUACUUCUACGUUGUCAUGGACGCCUUGCAGCAAGAGCUCUCCGUCAUAAUUGACCACCUUCUUCCUCUUGGCGGCUCGCAGAGUCCCCACCAGCGCUUCGAACAGGUUCGCACAGCGGUCGUCUCUGAACAGGACACCGAACGUAACGGCAGUCUUUCCCUCGGCGUUGGGCGACCCCAGUCUGCGGAUCUCUUGUACCAACAGCUCUACUUCGUGUUCCACAUUCAUAGCUGGCCCGACCAGAGAGACAGUCGAAGGGACGGAGCGGUUUGAAAGACGCACUAACAAUCUUCUUCCUGUGCCAAAUUGUCUCGGGCAGUGGUGGGCAUCAAAUAGAAAAUUACGGCACGCUUCCAAAACCACGCCCCUGAAACUUCCGCCCCGCCCACCCACGUGGUGAGACAUCUGCGCACAGAGGGAGACCAGAGAACAUAGUACUGAAGGGAGAGCAAGGACCAGGGAAUGAGCUACCGUGAUGACAUCCGCGGGGAAAUACGCCGGUCCCCAGGACGUGCCCGAAAAACUCCAGAGAAACGUCCGCGCGUUCCUGCUGGCCAGCCCGAAAGGUGCACUACUGGGGAAGUUCUGCGGAGAAUAUAGACGUCUGGUCAAGGAGAGCUUGCCGUGGAAAUCACUAGGGUACAGCAGUGCGGCGGAGCUACUCAGAGCCAUGCCAACCGCAGCCAGACUCCAUUACUCUCAGAAAGAUGGCGACUAUCGUGUCUACCCUGUUGCUGAUAGUAACACCUACCUUCCAUCUUGGCAGAAAAAAUUUGAAGAGAAAAAUUUACCUAUACUAUCAGUCCCUCCACCUUCUCCUGGCCUGAACCCGGGCGUGAUUAAGCCGUCUAUGACAUCAUCAGUAUCUUUAUCGCCAAGGAAACAAACACAAAGACCGCCGACACCUGAUUGCGCUAGUUCUUUUUGUUCACAGAAGAGGAGAAGAGAGGGAAAAGGACGCGGAGAAGGACAGAUGAAGUUUUUCGCUAUUCAUGUUUGUUUCAGACAUGCUCCCGGCGGGGCAAUUGAUUGCUCUGUGGUGACAGCCAACGCGAUGCAAAAGAAAUUGCCUGAGGUAAUGAAGGAUUCCGGAACCCCUCUAAAGAUCUACAUUAGUGGAAAGGGAUAUGCGUUUGUGCGUUUCGUAACAUUGGCCGAGGCUUUGAAAGCGAUUGAGCUCCAUCACAGGACGUACGUCGGUAAGACGUGGAUCACAGUCAGCCCAGCGAAGGAGUCCGUGGACAGGUUCCCAGUCGCCGUUGUCAACGGUAACAGCUCUGUCUCUGGGGGCAAGUCAGAGGAGGGGAUAGUUGAGUGGGCGGGUGAUGGAGAAACACACACCGCCGGCGAUGUUAGACACUCUGCAAAGAACGGUUCUCUUGUCCACAGCAAACAACCCUCCCAGCUGCAACGUGGCUCUCACACUAGUUCUACUGGUGGGGGCAGUGCAUCUGCUGUCCAGAAGGACGGUAAGUCCAGUUAUCAGUUGACUGGUGGUACAGCGUGUCCAGACUCCAGUAAACGAAGCAGUAGUAGCAUCUAUAAUGGAUCACAGACGGCUGCUAUUAAUGGAUCAGUUUUCUGGGACGAGGCGAUCAGCCAGGGAGGCUCCCUCAGCAGUGAUGGGUCGUGGGACGAAGAGCUCCUCGUCUCGUCCCCGUUCUCUUCUGGAACGGAACUGGGACUCCAAACCACGACUGUCGCAUCUGUUCGUACAUCGAACCUCUCGGAGUGGAACCUGGCCACCCCUGAGUUGAGUCCCCAUUCCAUGCCAAACAGCGACGGUCUCAUUCCAGUUCGAGUGUCAAGGGUGGAGUCACCGAGUCUGGUGUGGGUUCAGUUGACCUCUGACCCUGAAUCAGACGUAGCCAAACUGUCUCAGAUUAUAACAAGAUUGGAACCACCCAGAUUGACAGAGGUGAGUGAGGGCAGUAUCUGCUGUGCCAGGUUGGUGGCAGAAGGAUUUCGUCGGAUUAAAGUUCUCCAGUUUGACAAUUACGUCGCACAACAGCAGGUAGAAAUCGUCUAUGUGUUCCCUCACAGUGUGUCUUACGAGGACUUCGUUUGUGUGUGUUCGUGUUCGUACUCUUUCCCCUCCUCUGUCCAUGUGUGCAGGUCUCAGUGUUGCAGAUAGACACGGGCUGCUCCCUGACAUUACCCUGCACCCAGCUCCACUCUCUCCCUCCGCCCCUCUCCCUCUCUGCGGUCCCACCUCUCGCCAUGCCGUGCAGACUGGUCGGGAUCUCGUCCACUUUCGGAGGAGACCGGUGGUACUUCUACGACAACCAGCUGCUCUGGAGACUGAUCAUGACGAAAGAGGUGUACGUCAAGAAGGUACCGAGACCUAAAUCAUGUCGACUUCCCUCACCAGACGUCCCUCAAGUAACGGUGGAGAUGUAUAUGGACGCCAGUGGAGAGAAAAGUGUGGCAGCUGUUCUGGUCAGCCAGGGAAUGCAC